AGGACUCUGCAGACACAGCGGCCUAGAUUAGCUCCCUGGCUACCGUUACUGAGUUAACGGGGAUCCCAGGCUAGGGAGGCCCCAAAAUGGGCAACUCCCUGCAACUGGGGCCCAUGGUGCUCUUCCCAAGACCCUGAGCUGUCCAGCCCCGGAGCUCACUCGGAUUAGGAGUGGAAGCUGCACUGUGGAAGGCUGCUGAACCCAUUUGGUAAGCAUGGCGCUGCUCAAAGUCAAGUUUGACCAGAAGAAGCGGGUCAAGUUGGCCCAGGGGCUCUGGCUUAUGAACUGGCUGUCCGUGUUGGCCGGCAUCGUCCUCUUCAGCCUGGGGCUGUUCCUGAAGAUUGAACUCCGCAAGAGGAGCGAGGUGAUGAAUAAUUCCGAGAGCCACUUUGUGCCCAACUCCCUGAUAGGGGUGGGGGUUCUGUCCUGUGUCUUCAACUCUCUGGCUGGGAAGAUCUGCUAUGACGCCCUGGACCCGGCCAAGUACGCCAAGUGGAAGCCCUGGCUGAAGCCGUACCUGGCUGUCUGCGUCUUCUUUAACGUCAUCCUCUUCCUGGUGGCUCUCUGCUGCUUUCUGCUGCGGGGCUCCCUGGAGAGCACCCUGGCUUACGGACUCAAGAAUGGGAUGAAGUAUUACCGGGACACGGACACCCCCGGCCGGUGCUUCAUGAAAAAGACCAUUGACAUGCUCCAGAUCGAGUUCAAGUGCUGUGGGAACAACGGCUUCCGGGACUGGUUCGAGAUUCAGUGGAUCAGCAAUCGCUACCUGGACUUCUCCUCCAAGGAGGUCAAAGAUCGAAUCAAGAGCAACGUGGAUGGGCGGUACCUGGUGGACGGCGUCCCUUUCAGCUGCUGCAACCCCAGCUCCCCGCGGCCCUGUAUCCAGUACCAGCUCACCAACAACUCGGCACACUACAGUUAUGACCACCAGACCGAGGAGCUCAACCUCUGGCUUCGGGGCUGCAGGGCCGCCCUGCUGAAUUACUACAGCAGCCUCAUGAACUCCAUGGGCGUCAUCACACUUCUCGUCUGGCUCUUUGAGGUGAGCAUCACUGCUGGACUCCGCUACCUCCACACGGCUCUGGAGAGUGUGUCUAACCCGGAGGACCCCGAGUGUGAGAGCGAGGGCUGGCUGCUGGAGAAGAGCGUGCCCGAGACCUGGAAGGCCUUUCUGGAGAGCUUUAAGAAGUUGGGCAAGAGCAAUCAGGUGGAGGCAGAAGGUGCAGACGCAGGCCAGGCCCCAGAGGCUGGCUGAUGGCCUGGGGCCUCUCCCCCUCCUCAACACUUAGUGGACUCCAGGGACUGUGGGUACCCCCUUGUCCAGCUGAAAGUCCAAAUUUCCCGAGAAAGCUGGUCACCUACUGACUCUCCUUGACGUGGGCCUUGAAGUUCAGGGUCCUUAGGGCAUGCUACAAACAUUUGUGAAACGGCUGCCUCCAGAUGUGAGUGACUGAACGCUGCAGCAGAUGGCCAGUCUCACAGGACUGGCCAGUCCAGGGCUCUGUCCAAGUGUGAGUCCAGAUCUCCCAUAGGUGACUGGCCACACCAAGGGCCUCUCUCCUCCUCAGUAGAAUCUGCCUCUUUUAAGCUACAAGUUCUGCAUCCCAACCAUCACUUGAAACAUAAAAGCAAGGUGAAAA